GCAAGGCCUGAUUAUCUGACCCUAUUUGACCUUUCACCUCACUUGGUGGAAACGCAACAGUUCAGGGCCACUUCCUUUGCUCGUCUUGUUUUGCAGGUAAAAACCAAUUUUACAGCGUUCAUUCGUCAUUUUUACGGUCAUUACAGCAAGGUCUUCACUCAGAGACUCUAAAGACUGCAGUGAUGGCUGUCGACUGCAAGGGGGUGCUCUUGCUCCUUCUCUUCACUGCUGCAUUGUGUGAUGGUUCCUCAUCUUCCAAGAACACUCAGGAUCAACCUCCACACAUCAUCCUCAUUGUUGCUGAUGAUUUGGGUUGGAACGAUGUGAGUUUCCACGGCUCGGACCAGAUCCCCACGCCAAACCUGGACAGUCUGGCGUACAGCGGGGUGAUCCUGGGGAACUACUACGUGUCUCCCAUCUGCACACCGACCCGCAGCGCCAUCAUGACAGGACGCCACCCCAUCCACACAGGCCUACAGCAUUUCGUGAUAGUAAGUGCGCAACCCUACGGACUGGCACUGAAUGAAACGAUCCUACCACAGUACCUGAAACAACUGGGUUAUACCACUCGCAUGGUGGGGAAGUGGCAUCUGGGUAUGUACGCAUGGGACUAUACCCCGACCUAUCGUGGGUUUGAUUCGUUUUUUGGCUACUACACCGGGGCGGAGGGCUAUGUGGACCAUGUCAACGGGAUUCAUGCCUCGUGGCACCUUGGCCACCAUGCUUGGGAGUUCACGCCAACCUUCCGCGGGUUUGACUCCUACUUUGGGUACCUGACGGGGAAGGACAACUAUUAUGAUCAUACAGACGAUGAGAGUAACUCACCAGAAGAGCUGGGGUAUAAGGGACUAGACUUGCGGAACGGCACGGAGCCGGUUUGGACGGAAAACGGGACGUACAGCACGGAACUCUUCUCCACAGAGGCAGAGAGGAUCAUCGCUAGCCACGACACUUCCAAGCCCCUGUUCCUGUACUUGCCCCAUCAAGCGGUGCAUUCAGGGAACCCUGACAACCCCUUGCAGGCCCCCCAGAAGUACAUUGAUAAGUUUCCCCACAUACAACACCCCGGGAGGAGGACAUUUGCUGCUAUGGUCUCGGCACUGGACGAUGCAGUAGGUAACGUGACCAAAGCUCUGUCUGCACGCGGGAUGCUGGAAAACUCCGUCAUCAUCUUCACGACCGACAACGGGGGCCCUGCCGCCGGCUUCGACCAGAACUACGCCAGCAACUGGCCCCUCAGGGGGGUGAAGAACACGCUGUGGGAGGGGGGCGUCCACGGCACCGGGUUUGUCCACAGCCCCCUCAUCAAACAACCCAAGAGGACGACCCACGAGCUUCUCCACGUUUGUGACCUCCUGCCUACGAUUUACGAGCUCGCUGGCGGAGACUCGACCGAGUUGAAGAAUCUUGACGGCACGAAUGUCUGGGAGACGAUUUCGCGUGGGGUACAGUCGCCACGCGUAGAAGUGCUUCACAACAUCGAUCCGAAAAGGAAAACAGCAGCCCUACGAUACGGAGACUACAAGAUAAUCCUCGGCGAAGCCUACAAAGGAGCGUGGGAUGGAUGGUACCCUCCGGAAGGCGUGACGACCAACCACAGCGAAGAAGCAAAUCACGUCCCACGCUGGUCUGGACCCUUGAAGAUCAAGUGCGCUGAGAAACCUGCCAACGUGUCAACCAACUGCAAACCGCGGGACAACCCUUGUGUCUUCAACAUCAAGGAGGAUCCUUGCGAGUUCAACAACAUCGCAGACUGGAACAAGCCGCUGGUAAACUUCCUCAUGGGAAGGCUCGAGGCUUACAGCGAGACAGCGGUGCCGAUGAGAAAUCAGCCUACGGAUCCCCGAGGGAACCCAAAGUACCACGGUGGUGUGUGGAGCCCCUGGAUCAACCUUACAGACACCAGUGUGUCCACCAAUGAAUUGUUUGGUCAGUAAGUUCCUGUACCAGAUGGUGCAUAGGGCAGUGACAGUCUUAGUUUCAAUAGCCCUAGGGCCACUCAGCAUUGUGCAAUCAUUACAACAGGGAGCUGGUCCACUGGUGGUGGUGUAUGUGUUACUGGUAAACUAAAACUGCCAUUGUUACUAAUGCUGAGUGCUGAGCAGGGAAUGCAGUAUGUACAUUUUUUGUACCAUUGGGCUUUUGGUAUACAUGUAUUUUCAAAAAUGGCACAGGGAUUAAAAUGUAGGGCUGAUGUCAACUAGGAUUUUUACCAAAUGUAGACUGUAGGUGGCCAUACAAGAUUUCUUUAGAUAUUUAGGAUCUCUUUGAAUUUCAAAUUCGAUAAAGUUGAAUGUCAUUAUAAUCAUGAAGAGAAAUUUGGAGAAGAGUAAAGAUAUCAUUAUAUAGUGUCAUAUGGUGAAAGUACAGCCUAUCUCAAGCAAUCAGGUGUAG